UAAACACAUGCAGACACACACAACCACAACCACAAAAACACACACAACUGCACAACUGCACACACACACAUGCACACACUUAAACACACAUGCACAGUUGCUCACACAAGUUGUGUGGCUUACUCUGAAACUUCGCUGACUCACUUUACACACACACACACACACACACACACACACACACACUCCCAGUUUCUCUCUCUUGUUCUGGCGCACUGCACAGCAGCAGUCUGAAUGAGCUCUCAGGGUAGGUCAGAAGUUGCGAAAGAGUGGGGUGGAGUUGAGAGGAGUGGAGAGGUAAAGUCUGCAAGAGAGGGUGUGUAGUGUAGUGUAGUGUAUGUGUGAAGCCAGCCAGGCUCGCCGAAAGGAGUGGGGCAAACGGGUAUGUUGUCCUGGGCCCAGGUCAAUAGGGGGCCCAGAAUAGUGUGUCCCCAUUACAUUGUAUGUAUUGGGUAGGGGGGCCCUUUCAGAUAAGUUUGUCCUGGGCCCAGCGAUAGCUGUCAGUGGUCCUGUGUGAAGCAAGGAAGGAGGGAGGAGACUGAGGGAGAGGGACGGUCCAGUGUGCUGCUCCUGCAUGUGCUACAACAUGUUGUGGGAAAGGCUUCCGCAAGCUUGAUACCACUGUAUUCAGGUGUGUGUGUGUUUGUGUGUGUGUGUUUUUUUUGUUUGUUUGUUUGUUUUGAGGGAGGAGCUAACCCCAAGGGAAACACACGCACACGCACACGCACACGCACACACUCACACUCACACUCACACUCGCACAUUCACAAACCCUCGGGCACGUACACAUUCCAGAAGCAGAUCAGUCAGCCGCUGGGGAGCUUGGAGGAGGAAUGCUGGAGUUGGUCUUAACAGUCGUCCUGGUCCUACUCUCCCUUCUCUACCUCUUGACACAGUCGUUUGGCAGGACAUGGAGAGAAGGGGAGCCUCCUCUUGUGAAGGGCUGUCUGCCAUUCGUGGGGAAGGCGGUGGAGUUUGGACAGGACGCCCUGAGACUGCUCACACAGCUGCAGGAUACACAUGGAGACAUCUUCACUGUGCUCAUCGCAGGUCGGUACAUGACAUUUGUGAUGAACCCCCUGUGGUACCCGGCGGUGGUGAAGCACGCCCGGCAGCUGGACUUCCACGUCUUCACUGACAAGGUGGCCCCCCCGACCUUCGGCUACCCCCCGGUCCACAGCGGCGCCUUUCCGGGCCUCUCCGACCGCAUCCAGAGUAGCUUCCAGCUGCUGCAGGGCGACCAGCUCACCCACCUCUCCCAGAGCAUGAUGGGUAACCUCCUGGCCACCCUGCGACAACACCUCAUGUGGCCGGCCGCGGGGGGGCGUGGUGAGACAGAGGCGGCGCCACCUGAUAGGCCAGGGCUAACGAGGGAGAUGGGGUUGUACGCACUCUGCGAGAGCCUGAUGUUCCACGCUUCCAUCCUGACACUGUACGGCAAGCACGAUCGCACGCACUCGCCCGCCGUGCUGGAGGAGCUACGGGGGAAGUUCUCCAAGUUCGACGCCAGUUUCCCGCUGCUGGUGGGCGGGGUGCCCAUCUGGCUGCUGGUCCGGACCAAUGCACUGCGGGGGGAGCUGAUCAAGCACUUCGACCCCCGCAGCAUGCAGCAGUGGAGCAGCCCGUCGGAGUUCAUCACCACCAGGGCACAGCUGCUGGACGAGUACCGGCUCACGGACAUGGAGAAAGGAGCCCAUCACUUCGCUAUCCUCUGGGCCUCGGUUGGCAACACCGUCCCAGCUGCAUUCUGGGUAAUGUACCACCUGCUGGCCCACCCAGAGGCCUUUGCGGCAGUGAAGUCGGAGAUCCAAGAAGUCCUUGGCAUCAAGGGGGAGGGGCUGUCCCUUAAUGAUGACCUCACACUGCGUCCUGAAGACCUGGACCGCAUGAUAUUUUUAGAAAGUGCAGUGAAUGAGAGUCUGCGUCUCUCGUCGGCUUCCAUGAAUGUGCGUGUGUCUCAGGAGGACUUUGAGAUGCGUCUGGAUUCCCAGAGGUCUGUGUGCUUACGGAAAGAUGACAUCAUUGCCAUGUACCCCCAGAGUAUGCACAUGGACCCCGACAUCUAUCCACAACCAGAGGUUUACAAGUUCGACCGGUUUGUGUCCGAUGUGUCAGAGAGCGAACAGGGUUCUUCAAGGUGGCGCCGGCGAACAGAGUUCUUCAAGAGGGGUCAGAGGUUACACUACUUCCUCAUGCCGUUCGGCUCGGGUGGGAGCAAGUGCCCCGGACGAUUCUUCGCCAUCAGAGAACUCAAGCAGCUGGUGUGUGUGCUUCUGCUCUACUGUCGCCUGGAGCUCACACACUUACACACACACACUCCACCCAAGCUGGACACUGGCCGCGCAGGCCUGGGCAUUCUGCCCCCCAAAACAGACAUCGACGUCCAGUACGGGCCAUACUGUGCAGGGGCGGGUGAGGAAGGCAGAAAGGGACAGAAAGAGUGCAGACAGCAAAACGUGAGCGAAAAGAAAGAGCUAGAGCUAGAGGAAGAGCAGAAUGAAAAGAAUGAAGGAGUGACGGAAAGGAAUGAAGGUAUGAAAGAAAGGUUCGUGACCCAUCCAGAGGAGUGAUCCAGCAGGCUGGUUCCAGUAUUUGGCUAACAGCCAGUUGCUUCAUCUAAGGCAGGCUUAAUAACCACUGUGAACACAUAGCUGAUACUGUGCUCAGGCUUAUGCUCUGAGAGUGCCUUUGUCUUCUUCUUAUCUACAAGAAAUUUCCAGAGUCUUGACCAUUUCCUCACAUACUGUGCAGCACUUACGGCACGUCCUCUGAUGACGGACAUGAUUAUCUUGAGGAUUCAGGCCGGACCUGAGUGAGAGCAGCUUAAACUAACCUGAAUCUAACCAGGGUACAGUACGUCUGAGCAGGGUAGGCCUACCUGACUAGUGUCUGUGUCAGUGGUUCUUAACCUGGGGUGUGGGCAGCCCUCAGGGUACCCCAGAGAUUGCAGCGGGUCCAUGGAAUUUUGCGCAAAGGUUGUGACCACAAUUCUGCUUGCCAACAUUUUAAUUAGGCCGACAAAUUAAAACAUGAUUUGGAUUUGGUCCUCAUGGAAAGACAUUACGAUAUUGAUUACAUGUAAUAUCCCGAGGAAGAAUCGUUGUAACUAAUCUCUCAAAUCAUUUAUAGAGCGUAUACGUGUAGCAGUUUGGGCUUGGCGGUGCACGGCUUGUCUUGAUCACAGGUAAGGGGGGGCUUUCAGAAAAAAAGGUUAAGAAGCACUGUGCUGUGUAAUACUGUACAAUGUGGCGCCCCAUUUGCAAACACACUGUAGCAUUACAAGCCCAUAGGCACUGAAUCCACAUUGGCACUGAGUCAGUAUUAGCAUCAGUAUUUGGUUCGUAUUAGCAUUUGAUUUGCAUUAGCACUGAGUCCACAAUAAUAUUGAGUCAGUCCACCCUGAAAUGAUGCAAUAUGUUCGUCUAUGAAGUAUUAGAUGUUCAUCUGAAGCAGGGCGGGCAUUUUUGCAGCCCCUUCGAAAUUGUGGGCCAGUCUCUUAGCCUGAUAAACCACACUAAAUAGCGAUUAGUCCCCCAUGCAGCCACAUUAUUACACAGAGGUUGACCCCGCCUCCGAGCCUCGGCGUGCUUGAUGGCCCCGGAUGGCCCAUCGAAUUCGACGGGCCAGGGAAAGCGGCCCUUAGCCCCACAACCUGGCCCGGCGGCCAUCUUUAGCACCUAGCCCCCUUUUGAUGAGAUCACCGUCAGCCCCCUUUUGUCCGGGCCAGCCCGGGGCUGGCCCUGCAAUGAGACCAAGGCUAUUGUGUAAUUUAGUCUGGCCCCGAUGAACGACACAUCGAGAGAUUGUUGAUGGAAACAACCCGUUGUUUUUCAAAUUGUGCCUAUUGACCAGUGCUUUGUCGUCACUCCCUCAAAACCCUGUCCGCUUUGCAUCCAAAGAUUCAAAACAAAUCAAAACAAGUCUCCUGCGUUGUGAUUAGUCUGCCACAUUCAGGGCAUUACAAUGUCCGAGGCUAGACCCACUCGCAGGCACAAAUAAUUUUGGCCGCUGGCGGGUGGGGCUAGUUUACUAGGCUACCAGUCUCUAAGAAAAUACAACAAACCCAACAGCAUGGUCCCCUGAGCACUCACUGCUGGCCUACUGGGUAAUUCCAGAUAACCAGAGAGAGUAGAGAGAGAGAGGUUCCAUUGGCCCAUUGUUUCCGGGUUCUAUUAUUGCAAGGGGGAGGGGGGUGAAAUCCCCCUUUAGGCAGACCUAGGCAGACCUAAGGACUGUUCUAUUCAAUGCUAGGAGUAUUAUGACACAUCCCUUUAGGCAGACCGGAACCUGGUCACAUUAGGUGCCCAUAGCAACCUAUUACAAUGGCAUAUCUCUAUACUUAAAGAAUAUCUGAGAUGACCAGUCCAGGCCUGAUCUGAAAUGAUUAUAGGCCCAUCCACCACGUGAUUUCAAGUCAAGGACUCACUGUAGCAUUCCAUACUAACUCUAUGUCUCUCUGAUUUAAGUCAAACUCAUACGUCACACUGUUAACAAAAUCAACACUGUUCAAAACAUAAAUAACUGGAUUUUAUUAAGGGUGGGGGACCACUACAAUUAACUUUGAGCCUGUCUAUACCACUGUCCAACACAAUCAAUGAAUGGAUGUAAUUUUAACCAUGGACCAAAUAAGACACGAGACAAAGGUUAAAGAGCGAAACUGAUCUGAAUAAGCUGUAAAUUGAUUUUACUGUAUACUGACUGUUUGCACUACUAUGUAUACUAAUUUUGAACACUGACUGGGCUUUUUAUCAUCAAAACACACGCACACGCAUGCACACACACACACAAACACACACACACACACACACACACACACACACACACACACACACACACACACACACACACACACACACACACACACACACACACACACACACACACACACACACACACAAACACACACACACACACAAUUAAGACAGUUGUUGUGCCUUGUAUAUAUCUUUUUGACGUCGACACAUUUCCAUAUAAAUUUCCCACUAAAACAGUGUCCUGAAUAUUUUCAUAUGACCCAAAUACUUUGUAAAUAUCUCUGUUCAUUAUGAUGGUCAUGCUAUUGACAUGCUAUUAAAUUACUUAUCUGUGCA